UCUUAAUAUUCUCCUCCCUCAGUGGUCACGGUUCAGGUCAUAGAGAGCGAACGCUUCCCUUGCCGUGAGAAGAAGCCGUUACUUCUUGUUACCGUGCGCACGCACUUCUUCACUCUCUCUCUCUCUCUCUCUUUCUGUUUAAGGAUUCAACACAGAACACAACACAACACCAAUUGCAGAACGCAGGAUUUCGAUUAUAUUUUCAUUGAAGCGCCGUGAGGGUUGUUAAUCUGGUUAUGGAGAAGUGGAAGAAAGCGACUGCAUAAAUAAAAAGGAACCGUUCCGAGAUUGUUGUGUGGGAAAAAAAAACUUAGGGUUGCAGAAAUGGACGGAGAGGAUAUUAGGUCUGGGACCAAGAAGAAGCGAUCCAAGAAGGAAAUUGGUUUCGACGACGAUGACGAGCCCAUUGGGUCAAUCUUUAAGCUGAAGAGGUCCAAGAAGAAGGGUAGUGGUGGUAGUAGUGAUGCUGCUGUUGUUAGGGAGAAAGAGGAUUUGGGGGGUAUGGAUGAUAAUGAUACCUUGGCUAGCUUUAGGAAGAGGUUGAAGGGUCCUAAGAGAGAUCAGGGAUCUGGGGUCACAAGAGGAGCAAGUCCUGCUUUGCAUGUGUCGGAUGAAGAUUUGGUUGCUUUGGGACCUAAGGGUAAGGAUGAGAAAGUGGUGGUGCCCGUGCCUGGUGAUGAGGACAUGCAGAUGCAGGGUUGUUCUGAUCAACAACACAUGGAGGAUUCAUUGUCCGCGAUUUUCAAUAAGGCACAGUUUAGUUCUACCAGGAAAUCUCGUGGCAGGGGUUCAAGGCAGAAAAGGGGGAUUCAGAAUGUGGAUAGUGAAGGUUUUGUGGAAACUGUGGAUUCUGUGGUUGGAAGUAGAUCUGGAUCUGCUUUUGGCUCGAAAUUGGUUGGGGGAAAUGUCGAGUCUGCGGAUGCUUUGCCUCAAGCAUCUGAACCGGUUGUUGCAUCUGUGGUGGAUGACCAGAAGUGCGGUGAUGACUGUUUUCAAGAGGAAGCUGUGAAGGGCAAUCGUAAUUUGGACAUUCCAGAUGGACCAUCUCAGUCGAGCAAUGUCUGCCAUGGAUAUAGGCAGCAAUUGUCUUGUGUACAAGUUGGAGAUAUUUCUUGUCAUUCUGACCAAAAGGUUGGAUUGCAGGAAAGUGUUCUCAGUGAUGGUUUAAAUAAGUUACCUACCACGUCGCAUGAUGUCUCUCUCUCAAAAGUGGGGGAAGGCAAAAGAGGAUUUACUGAGAUAGGAGAGUCGGAGAACAGACUGACGGAUGAACAAGCAAAAGUGUGCAACAGUGCUUCAGAACCUGAUGUUUCUACUUCUGCUGGGGAAAAAAAUGUCUUAACUUCUUGCCACACCGAACCCUUGAUUAAAUCAACUGAAAAUAUAUUGAAUGAGAAUAAUAAUAUGGUUGCUAGAAAAGUUUUCCAGGAAUCCUCAUGUAAUGGAGCUCUGAAGUUAUCUGGAUGCCAUAUGGAAGUAGAUGGAGGUGGAAAAUCAGAAACUGAGAUUGUUUCUGAUAGAAAUUUCUGUGAUUAUAGUAGUUCAGAUACAAAGGCUGAAGUGCAAGAUUUUGUUUUAGGGUUUUCACCUAAAACAAAUAAUGUAACGGUCAGUGGUAGUUUAUCUUCUAUGGUGUCUAAUGAAGCCAAUAAAGCUGAAUUGACUGCCCAUUCAAAUCACCCAGAGAAACCUCUAGAAGCUUGCAAUAUUCCAAAAGACUAUACUGCUUCAAUUCUGAAAUGUAGUUCAGUGUUAGAUCCAAUUCAAUCUGAUGGAUCAUCUCUUCAGUCUUCUAUUCCAGAUGAAAAUGGGAACUCUGCAGAAUACUGUGCCCCUGCGUCUGAUUUUGCUGAUAACGAGGGUAAGAUAUCAAGCAUUCCACGGGCGGUGCGAAAGGCCAAAAUGCGUAAGCAUGGAGACAUGACAUAUGAGGGAGAUGCUGAUUGGGAAAUUUUAAUUGAUGAUCAAGCUCUAAAUGAAAGUCAAGUUAUGACAGAUGGUGACCGCACUCUUAGAGCAAGAUUGAAGCAUGAUUCCUCUUUGAAUACUGGUGAAGACUCUGAAAAUGUUGCUGUUGUAGCAGUAUCAGCUGGGCUGAAAGCUCGUAAAGUUGGUCCAAUUGAGAAAAUAAAGUUUAAGGAGAUCUUGAAGCGGAAAGGUGGUCUUAAGGAAUAUUUAGAUUGCAGAAAUCAGAUUUUAAGUCUUUGGAACAGAGAUGUCACACGUAUUUUGCCUCUUGCUGAAUGUGGAGUUAGUGAUACUCAUUCUGAGCAUGGAAGUCCUCGUUUUUCUCUUAUUAGGGAGGUCUAUGCAUUUCUCGAUCAAUAUGGUUAUAUAAAUGUUGGAAUUGCCUCUCAGAAGGAGAAUGUUGGAAGUAGUGCAAGGCAUUGUUAUAAACUGGUAAAAGAAAAGGGUUUUGAGGAAAGUCUCGCAGCUUCAAUGGCUGACCCUGAAGAUGGAGUUUCCUUUCUUGUUGGUCAGACCAAAAUGUCAGAUACUUCCAAUGAGAUUAACAAUGGUCUAACAAAGGAUUGUGAUGACCUAACUACUGAAGCUGCAGAAGGCAUGAGGCAUGCUAAUGAAAUGAAGACGGAUUUAUCAAACAUGACACACCAGGCAGAAAGAAAAAAAAUUGAUUACCAGGAAAAUGACAGUUCUGUUCCGUCUUCCAACUUCCCUGAUUGCAGAUUGAUUUCUCAGGUAGCUGAAGAGAAAAUCAAUGACUCUACCAGCAUAAAAUCUGCCUUAGAUGCUCUGGUAGGUGAUCAUCUGCAGUCUGAUUUAGAUCCUAGGAAGAGAGUAAUUGUCAUUGGAGCAGGUCCUGCUGGGCUAACUGCUGCUCGCCACUUGCAACGUCAAGGAUUUGCUGUAACUGUGCUUGAGGCUAGGAGUAGGAUAGGAGGUCGUGUAUUUACUGAUCACUCGUCACUUUCUGUCCCUGUUGAUCUUGGUGCUAGCAUUAUAACUGGUGUUGAGGCUGAUGUGGCCACUGAGAGAAGACCAGAUCCUUCCUCAUUGAUUUGUGCUCAGUUGGGUCUUGAGUUGACAGUGUUGAACAGUGAUUGCCCUCUUUAUGACAUAGUGACAGGACAAAAAGUUCCUGCAGAUAUGGAUGAAGCACUAGAAGCUGAGUAUAAUAGUCUUAUUGAUGACAUGGUAUUGGUUGUUGCUCAGAAAGGGGAACAAGCAAUGAGAAUGUCUCUUGAAGAUGGUUUAGAAUAUGCUCUUAAGAUUCGCCGUAUGGCACGCUCUGAAAGCAGUGAAGAAACUGAACAAAAUAAUUCUGCAGAUAGUCCGUUUGAUUCCAAAAAGGACAGUACUGUGGAAAAAAAAUUUGGUGAGGAGAUUUUGAGCCCUCAGGAAAGGAGGGUUAUGGAUUGGCACUUUGCUCAUUUGGAGUAUGGUUGUGCAGCUUUGCUUAAGGAUGUUUCUCUUCCCUACUGGAAUCAAGAUGAUGUGUAUGGAGGUUUUGGGGGAGCUCAUUGUAUGAUAAAAGGGGGUUACAGCUCUGUUGCUGAGUCUCUGGGAGAAGGACUUACAAUUCACUUGAACCAUGUUGUAACAAAUGUGUCAUAUGGUAUCAAGGAACCUGGCCAGAAUAAUAAAGUCAAAGUUUCUACAGCAAAUGGCAAUGAGUUCUUUGGCGAUGCUGUCCUUGUGACUGUUCCACUUGGUUGUUUGAAGGCUGAAACUAUACAAUUCUCCCCACCUUUGCCACAGUGGAAAUGUUCUUCUGUUCAGCGUCUUGGUUAUGGAGUUCUAAAUAAAGUGGUUUUGGAAUUUCCUAGUGUAUUUUGGGAUGAUGCUGUGGACUACUUUGGAGCAACUGCUGAGGAGAGAAGCAGUAGAGGUCACUGCUUUAUGUUCUGGAAUGUCAGGAAAACAGUUGGGGCUCCUGUUCUUAUAUCAUUAGUGGUUGGUAAGGCAGCCAUAGACGGUCAAAGCUUGAGCUCUUAUGAUCAUGUUAACCAUGCAUUGAAGGUUCUCCGUAAACUUUUUGGGGAGGACUCAGUUCCUGAUCCUGUUGCAUAUGUUGUCACUGAUUGGGGUAGGGAUCCUUUUAGUUAUGGUUCUUAUUCUUAUGUUGCUGUUGGAGCAUCUGGAGAAGACUAUGAUAUAAUAGGGAGACCAGUUGAUAACUGUUUGUUUUUUGCUGGUGAAGCAACCUGCAAAGAGCACCCAGAUACUGUUGGUGGUGCAAUGAUGAGUGGACUACGAGAGGCUGUUCGCAUAAUUGACAUAUUGAGCAGUGGAAAUGAUUAUAUUGCAGAGGUGGAGGCAUUGGAAGCUGCUCGGGGACAGUUAGACACUGAAAGGGAUGAAGUUAGGGAUAUAAUAAAGAGACUUGAUGCAUUAGAGCUUUCUAACAUAAUGUACAAGAACUCUUUAGAUGGUGCUCAAAUUUUAACCCGGGAAGCUUUGUUAAAGGAAAUGUUCAAUAAUACAAAAACCACUGCUGGGCGCUUACAUGUGGCCAAACAAUUGCUAACUCUUCCUGUUGGAAACUUGAAGUCUUUUGCUGGAAGUAAAGAGGGACUAGCCAUUCUCAAUUCAUGGAUACUGGACUCAAUGGGGAAGGAUGGUACCCAACUCUUGAGGCACUGUUUGCGUCUACUUGUCCGUGUUUCGACUGAUCUUCUUGCUGUACGAUUGUCAGGAAUGGGGAAAACUGUGAAGGAAAAAGUUUGUGUACAUACUAGCCGUGAUAUUCGUGCUAUAGCAAGUCAGUUGGUCAAUGUAUGGCUUGAAGUUUUCCGCAAGGAAAAAGCUUCUAAUGGUGGAUUGAAGAUAUCAAGACAAACAACUGCUGUAGAUUUAUCAAAGAGAAAAUCUGUGAAAGAUUCAGCCUCGGGAAAGCCACCUCUGAGCACAUAUCAUGGUACCAUUGAGAAUAAAGGAGGCUUGCUGAAUCCUACCUCUGCUGGAAGCAAUUCAGCUUCCACUGCACAUGUGAAGAAAUUGCACAGCAAACAAGGAAGACAACCAGCAGCAUAUGACUCAAGGCAUGAGGUCAGUUCGUCCAGGUCUAAAGGUUCAAUAGACACAGUAGUUGCUGAGAAGGAGGAUAACCUCUGCACUGUAUCUGAAGAAGAACAGGCUGCUAUAGCUGCUGCUGAAGCUGCCCGUGCUAAAGCUCUUGCUGCUGCUGAGGCAUAUGCCUCUGCAGAAGCCAGAUGUAAUACGCUGUUACAGCUUCCAAAGAUACCCUCAUUCCACAAAUUUGCUAGACGUGAACAGACUUCACAAAAUGAUGAGUAUGAUAGUAGAAAAAGAUGGCCUGGUGGUGUCUAUGGAAGGCAGGAUUGUAUUUCAGAGAUUGAUUCUAGGAAUUGCAGGGUUAGGGACUGGUCUGUUGAUUUCUCCGCUGCUUGUGUCAACCUUGAUAAUUCCAGAAUGCCAGUUGAUAAUCUCUCACAGAGGAGUCAUUCAAAUGAGAUUGCCAGCCAUUUGAAUUUCAGAGAGCACUCAGGAGAAAGUGUUGCUGGGGACAGCAGUAUAUAUACAAAAGCUUGGAUUGAUACAGCUGGUGGUAUUGCAAUUAAAGACCAUCACGCCAUAGAGAGAUGGCAAUCUCAAGCAGCUGCAGCUGAUUCUUAUUUUUCUAACCCAACUAUUCAUUUGAAGGAUGAGGAGGAUUCAAAUGCCUGUUCAAAGUUACCCAGCUGGAAGCAUGAUGGUAUUGCAAAUGAGAGCUCUAUUUCACAGGUUACUGUAAGUAAGGAGGCUCAAAAAGGUCAUUCACGAGGAGCAGAUCACAUUAAACAGGCUGUUGUGGACUAUGUUGCAUCACUACUUAUGCCCCUGUAUAAGGCAAGGAAACUAGACAAGGAUGGAUACAAGGCUAUAAUGAAGAAAAGUGCAACAAAGUUUCAGGUCAUGGAGCAAGCCACAGAUGCAGAAAAAGCCAUGGCUGUUCGUGAGUUUCUAGAUUUUAAGCGAAAGAAUAAGAUUCGCUCCUUUGUGGAUGUAUUGAUUGAGAGACACAUGACAACGAAACCAGACAUGAAAUCUUAAUGUUCUUUGGAUGGAAUAGUCUGUACUUUCUUGUACGUCUUUGUAAGAGUUGCCAAAUUCUGGUUCUUCCUACUUCAGUUCUCAGUUUUGGUGGCCAUGGGCAUGUUCUCAUAUGAGCACCUCAAUCUGCCUGUGUAAAUGAUCUAGAAGGUACAAUAAAAAAGGCAAACAAAACUUGAUCGAUUCAAAUCAAGUGGUUUCUAAGGAAAUUCCUUGUCGGCUUGUCCUAGCAACCUUGAACAGCAUAUUGAAUACUGAUGGUAGAUUGCCAGUAAACUGGCCUCACUACCUCUAUAAACAGACUCAUUGCAAAUAUCAGUUAGAUGUUCAGAGUGAUGGACAUUGGCAGGUUUGAAGAUGACAGCAGGUUGCAUUCAUCUGUCGUUUAAUAUAUCAUCUUUCAUUGAGGUUUAUACCUUCGAAGAUUGAAAACCUUGACCCCAUUUUUAUUAAAGGGGUUUCUAUAGGGCAAGACAUUAAAUGCGACAUCAAUUUCUUCUAUUUGUACAGCUUAGCAUUGUUCUAGUGAUGACAAACAUACAUAUCCAUUUUCUAUGUCCUACUAGAAACAUUUAACAUCAAUUACUAACUUUUUUUCUUCAUUCUCCAAAGUGGGGAAAGAAUUAUGGCAGCUUUUGUAAGAUACUUGAUUACUCCAAUUAUUUUCUCCUCCUUCUCAUUCUCGUCUUGUAUGUUUGUGUUGCACAUGAACAACCACCCUGUUUAUUUAUAGUUUAGUCAGCUUUCUCGUGUGUGCUUAAAAUAAUUAAAUGGAUACAUUGCUUCCUUGGCAAACGAGCUCUUUAAUUUAAUUAUAACUAUUAUGGUUCAAAAGAUUGUGCCAUGGGAUGCCCAACAGUGCAAGGCUUUUAUAUUGUUGUGUACUGUGUAUAAUUCGUGGGCUGCUGUUCUAUCUUUGGCCGUUCUCUUGUACUAAUUAUUUCUUACACCUCUUCCUAUGGUUGCUAGGCUUAGAAAGAUCAUGUCAAUCACUAAUGGGAGGAACUAGGUAUUGUGUCUUUUCCCUGUGUUUUGAUGUUUAUUGGAACUCUUAUCUUCUUCAGAGCCAAUAUUCAGGUGUCUCCUGUUUUCUUAAUUGUAUGCAAGUCCUUUCAUUCUAAUGUUUAUUGCAACUCUUGGUGUUGAGAUGGAUGGCCUUGUUUUGAUUCUAUUGCUUUUGUUUCUGCUGCAGACUGUCUUCAUGCCAGCAGUAUGUAAUAUUGGAUUAAAAAAUGUCGCUGCUGGGGAAAUUAAAUUCCACUGGUGUAUCUAGGGGUGAGUACAUUUUUGGCUUUACAUUGCUGGCAAUUCCCCCUCCCUCUAAAUUUGCCUAUGAAUUCCCCUCAUAUUGGUUGCACCUAUUGUAAAUAUUGGUUGCUAAGGAUUUCUGUGAUGCUUAUUAAGUUAUAUUUUUUGAUUCA